AUGAGGAUUUCUUCUCGCUACUGGUUUCUGUUGAUAUUCUCUGGCUUUUGGGGACUGGCAAUGGGUGCUUUCCCGAGCAGCGUUCAGAUCGGAGGGCUGUUCAUCAGAAACACUGAUCAGGAGUACACUGCCUUCCGUUUGGCAAUCUUCCUGCACAACACCAGCCCGAACGCCUCGGAAGCCCCGUUCAACCUGGUGCCUCACGUGGACAACAUCGAGACGGCCAACAGCUUCGCCGUCACCAACGCCUUUUGCUCCCAGUACUCCCGCGGCGUCUUCGCCAUCUUCGGCCUGUACGACAAGCGCUCGGUCCACACGUUGACAUCGUUCUGCAGCGCCCUGCACAUCUCCCUCAUCACGCCCAGCUUCCCCACCGAAGGAGAGAGCCAGUUCACCCUGCAGCUCCGGCCGUCCAUCCGAGGGGCGCUCCUUUCCCUCCUCGACCACUACGACUGGAACAAAUUUGUCUUCCUGUACGACACCGACCGGGGAUACGCCAUCCUGCAGGCCAUCAUGGAGAAGGCGGGACAAAACAACUGGCAGGUCAGCGCCAUCUGCGUCGAAAACUUCAACGAUGCCAAUUACCGCCGGCUGCUGGAGGAUCUGGACCGGAGACAGGAGAAGAAGUUCGUUAUCGACCUCGAGGCGGAGCGGCUGCAGAACAUGCUGGAACAGAUCGUCAGUGUCGGGAAACAUGUCAAAGGCUACCAUUACAUCAUGGCCAACCUGGGUUUUAAGGACAUCAACCUGGAGCGCUUCAUGCACGGUGGCGCCAACGUGACAGGCUUCCAGCUGGUCGACUUUAGCAACCCCAUGGUCAUCAAACUGAUGCAGCGCUGGAAUAAGCUGGAUCAGAGGGAGUACCCGGGAUCGGACGCCCCACCCAAGUACACAUCAGCGCUGACAUACGACGGGGUGAUGGUGAUGGCCGAGGCCUUCAGGAACCUUCGCAGACAGAAGGUAGACAUUUCCAGACGGGGGAACGCCGGCGACUGUCUGGCAAACCCCGCCGCCCCGUGGAACCAAGGCAUCGACAUGGAGCGUACUCUAAAACAGGUCCGACUGCAGGGAUUAACAGGUAAUGUCCAGUUUGACCACUAUGGCCGCAGGGUCAACUACACUAUGGACGUGUUUGAACUGAAGAAUAAUGGACCCAGACGGAUCGGCUACUGGAACGAUGCAGACAAGCUGGUUCUGAUCCAGGACUCUCCUUUGCUUCCAAAUGACACUUCUGGCAUCGAGAACCGCACUGUUGUCGUUACUACCAUCAUGGAGGGUCCCUAUGUGAUGCUCAAGAAGAACUGGGAGAUGUACGAGGGCAACGACCAGUACGAGGGAUACUGCGUGGACCUGGCCUCGGAGAUCGCCAAACACAUCGGCAUCAAGUACAAAAUCUCCAUCGUUCCUGACGGAAAGUACGGCGCCAGGGACCCGGAGACGAAGAUCUGGAACGGAAUGGUCGGGGAGCUGGUGUACGGGAAAGCGGAAAUCGCUGUGGCCCCUUUGACUAUCACGUUGGUCCGGGAGGAGGUGAUCGACUUCUCUAAGCCCUUCAUGUCGCUGGGCAUUUCCAUUAUGAUAAAGAAGCCCCAAAAAUCCAAACCUGGGGUGUUCUCCUUCCUGGACCCGUUGGCCUACGAGAUCUGGAUGUGCAUCGUGUUCGCCUAUAUCGGCGUGAGCGUGGUGCUCUUCCUGGUCAGCCGCUUCAGCCCGUACGAAUGGCACACCGAGGAGCCCGAAGAGGGCACCGACGGUCCGCCAAGCGACCAGCCCCCCAAUGAGUUUGGUAUCUUCAACUCCCUCUGGUUCUCCCUAGGCGCCUUCAUGCAGCAGGGCUGUGACAUCUCCCCCAGAUCGUUAUCGGGUCGAAUCGUUGGAGGAGUCUGGUGGUUCUUCACCCUCAUCAUCAUCUCGUCCUACACGGCUAACUUGGCUGCCUUCCUCACUGUGGAGAGGAUGGUUUCCCCCAUUGAGAGUGCAGAGGACCUGGCCAAGCAGACAGACAUCGCCUACGGCACUUUGGAUUCUGGCUCUACCAAAGAGUUCUUCAGGCGGUCAAAAAUCGCCGUCUACGAGAAGAUGUGGGGCUACAUGAAGUCGGCCGAGCCCACAGUCUUCACAAAGACCACGGCUGAAGGCGUGGCGCGCGUCCGAAAGUCCAAAGGGAAAUACGCCUUCCUGUUGGAGUCCACCAUGAACGAGUACACAGAACAACGCAAGCCGUGCGACACGAUGAAAGUGGGAGGAAACCUGGACUCCAAAGGCUACGGAGUAGCUACACCCAAGGGUUCACAGUUAAGAAGUGCAGUUAACCUGGCAGUGUUAAAACUCAAUGAGCAAGGCCUGUUGGACAAAUUGAAAAACAAGUGGUGGUACGACAAAGGAGAGUGUGGCAGCGGAGGCGGUGGCGAGAAGGACAAGUCCUCCCAGGCCCUCAGUCUGAGCAACGUGGCGGGGGUCUUCUACAUCCUCGUUGGGGGCCUGGGCCUGGCCAUGCUGGUGGCCCUCAUCGAAUUCUGCUACAAGUCGCGCAACGAGGCCAAGAGAAUGAAGCUAACAUUCACAGAAGCCAUGAGGAACAAGGCCCGUCUGUCAAUCACAGGCAGCGUCGGGGAGAACGGACGGGUGCUGACGCCAGAUUGUCCCAAGGCUGUCCACACCGGGCCACCCCUCCGCCAGAGCUCCGGCCUCGCCCUGGUCUCCUCUGAGCUCCCGUGAAAACCAAAAACCUCUCAAGUGCCUUAUUCCAAUAACAAGAGAAAACAAU